GAGAGAGAGGGGAAAAGAAAAGAAAAAGCAUUCCCCCGAAGUUAAUCUGAGCUGCGGCCGGGAUAGUGUGAGGGGAAAGGGAACGAUGGGGGGAAGGAGGAGGUCUUUGAUUGCGGGAUUGGCUUUUCUAAUGCUUAUGGGAACUGCCGUCUAUUUCAGACUCUGGGCUAUUGAUUAUAGUGUCUCUUCUGAAGACACCGAGCUACUAAGACGACAGUUUGAUCUGGCUAACAGGGAAGCAAUGGAUGAGUCUGCUGAGUGGAGGCUAAAGUAUGAUGAGGAAGUAGACAAGGCAAGGAAAUGUUUUGAUGAACUUCAAGCGUUGCGUAUGGGGAAGAAUAAGGAUUCCUCUCUGAAGUUGGAUAAUGCUUCCAGUGUUAAUCAUAAACUGGCAGUACUGCGGAAGGAGAAUGCAGUCUUACUUGAAAGGGUGGAAACAUUAAAACGAGAGCUUGAAGAGGAAAAAUCAAGGUGUCUAACACAAUCAUUGUUCUGAUGAUUAAAAGCCUUACGUUCAAGAAGUGGCCAUUUGAGCAUGAAUGAUCUACAGAUAUUUGGAGCCUGCCCUUCGUUUCCAAUCAUGAAAGAAUUUUGAUUGCAAGAGGCACCAGCCAUUUUUUAUUGUACGACUAAUCACAUCAUCUGCCACUUCACUCAGCCUUGGUCCUACAUAGCUCACACCCUCAUCUUUGCCAUUCUGUUGGACCAUCACACUUAUAGGGAAUGCCAAUAUGAAUGCCUAAUAGUUUAUGAUGUUGUUUAUAUAUGCCAAAUAGAAUGAUCUCAUUUUGCAGCCAUUCCAGUUUUUGGAGCCAGAUUAUGUCCAAAGAAAAAAUAGAUUGUUUUGUUAGAGUUAUUGACUAAUGGAUUGUUUUGUUGCACACGAGAGUUAUUGACUCACUGAUAGUUGUAUGUUAGACUAGAGAAUUUUGGGUGAGUGAUUGGAGGCUCUGACUUCCUUGUUCGUUACUUUUGGAAACAA